CCUCCCUUCUUGAUUUGACCGGCUUCCAUAGGAAUGGUCAAGGAGGCACCGGCAUCGGUGGAUUCGAUCGCAUAAUCUUCGUCGGACAUGAUUCUUUCUCGUUUCUCUCAAGUUGUURUAGGAUGGAAUGGAAUUAUGUGCAGUGGGGUGUUGCAUAGAAUGGUAACGUAUGAUCGGCUACUACAAUGUCUCCGUGGUGCACCGCAUGCAUGUUAAGUAAGAGUGUUUGAUUUGAGCCGCACGUGACGGGCCAGCUACAUCGGUGCUKUWCGAAGGGCGCAGCGGCUGGUGCUCGGGGUUCUUGCACCAAGUACCAUCAUUGCCGGCAUGUGAAAUGCGGCCAGACCGCCAAAUCAUUGGCCGUUCAUGAUUACUUCUUACUUUUUGCGCUUACGUCCGCCCUUUYGCUUCCACGUGGAAUUAUCAUGGCCAAGGGUUCUAUCCCUUUCUACAUUUUUUUGCAAUUCCGCAAACACGACUUCKGAGUGCGAAACACGGUUUUUSUCUCGUUCCUCAAUCUCAAGUGGAAAAAGAGAAAAGCAAAACGACUCKCCCAAAGUUAUUUUACAAUGCGGUCGUGGCAACGAUUUAACCUUCCCCUGGAAGUGCAUCAACUGUUGCGCCAGACGAGUGGGGUUGGAUAUUUUGGUCGCUCUUAGAGCCCAACUCCCCUCACCAAAGAAACAAAGGUCAGCCAACAUGCCCCUUUACGAUGAAAUCGAAAUCGAGGACAUGACGUACGAUCCCGAGACACUGAUGUAUUCGUAUCCGUGUCCUUGUGGAGACCGCUUCAAAAUCUAUUUGCAGGACUUGUGGGACGGAGACGACGAAGCAGGUUGUGAAUCUUGCACUUUGUACAUCGAGGUUGUCUACGACGAAGAAGACCUGCCUCCGUUGCCUGAAGACGAUAGCGACGAUGAAGACAAAGACGAGAAUGAAAAUACCGAGAAGGCAAGCAGUGGAAAGGCCAGCAGUUUAGAUGAAGGCGAUGUCUGCAAAUCACUGGGCAAGCUUUCGGUGACAACACAGUGAAUCAAAACACGUUACUUGAUCCUUGAUGGCUACGAAAUUCAAAUAAAUGCUCUGCAUUGCUAAAGAGCGAGAUCGUUUCGUCCAUCGUUCCUCACGACUCAAAGCAAAUCCAUAGCCAGGCACCGAAGAAAUACGAAAGCAAGGUAAGAAAAAUUCGCCCUCCGACUUGGUACACUUUACUAGGUGUCCAGUAUUUGAAACGUGCUACACUGCAUCGCAUCGCGUACGAAACGAAGAACGCCAGGCCAGCUAAUUGGGUCGUAAUAUCUACUUCCACACUUCCCAAUCCGUUUAUCCGGGCAAGAACGAACUUUAGUCAAAAAAUCUUGAACCUAUAAAGGCUUUUCAYAGAAUUUGAGCUUCGAUGGAACUAAAAUGGUUUCUUCUCGUUGCUCAUUUUCGUUUCUCUGGAGCCUGUUCCUGAUUGUAACAAAUUUCAUUACAAAGCUAGGUAUUAUUGUGGUUGUAAUCCAUCUUCUCACCAUGGCGCUAUAUCCCCCGUUCUCUAUCUCGUGAAUUGAUGGRCAGGUCAAUUACCAGACGCGAUCCAAGAUGCCAUAGCCUCARAAUGAAAGGAGACUGGUGUUGUGAAACAGCUUUUGUCCACCUCGACUUGCUAUUCGUCGACUUUCGGAAAACSAGCGAAUUACUCAAGUCGGUGCCAACACAUACUGUCGGCGAAAUCUGACUCUGUAUCCACACACCAAAAAGUGGCACAUUUAAAGAGCCACUUUUCAACCUGGUUGCUUACGAAUUGAAGAAUCAAAUUAAUUAUGGAGUCUAUAGAGAGCUCAAACAUAUAUAGUUUGAACUCUAAAGAACAACUUGCAAAUUCGAGAGCAAAUAAAAAAUAAGUGUCCUCGCUGUCAUCAGAUUUUUUCCCUGCCACAAAAACUGUCUAUAUUCAUGACGGUACAAUAAUAACUWUGACAUAAACAUGACAGUAAGCCAUUUCACGCACCAAUCUUCUGCAGGAUAUAGCUAUUGGUUAUUUUGAUUGCAAGGUCUCUUCCGUUGCUACCAGUCGAUUUACUAGUAAUUCAAUUAYGUUCUGAGGUAAGCAGGAAGAACAAAACAUUUUUGUUACA